AAUACGCGUAAAUUAAGUAGUCUGAGGUCAUGUUCGUGCCAUGAAAGAGCGUAAUUCUACAUAGAAAAUAGACUGAGAUGGUUGGAAAAGAAGAAACACUCCCUCCCAACAUGGCCCUUAACAUGCUAAAAUUCUCCUCUGUUGAUACACCCUUUGACUCCUUUUCUCUGUGAGAGACCAGGACCCAGUUAAAGGCUUCCUUCAACUUCACUGUGGGAGUCUCUGUCUUCUCCUCAGUGCCUGAUUGGAGUGGACUCCUUGUGGCAGAAGGAAGGCCAGUGGGCGUUAUCACCUGGUAAUGAUGGCACUAAACUCUCUCUUUCUGUUUCUCUUUUUCUCCCCAAGGAUGUUGGAAGCAUCCUGCAGAGGAGUGACGAAAAAGUUACGUUUCAGAAUACAGUUGUCUUUCUUCCGGAAGUGAAGUGGAAGAUUUGGGAUUUUUGUGAUAUAAAUCCUUUUCUAGUAGCCAUCAUGGACCAGUUCAAAGAUGCUCUGGUACAUGGACUUCGGCUGCAGAAAGCAAAUGUAACCCUGGAUCCAGACACGGCUCAUCUGCAGCUUAUUGUUUCUGAAGAUCGUAAAAGUGUCACAUGUGGAUCCAAAAGUCAAGAUCUGCCUGACAACCCUAAGAGAUUUGCCAAACAUGUUAUAGUGCUGGGACAGGAAAGAUUCACAGCAGGCAGACAUUUCUGGGACAUUGUUGUGGGAAGUGAGGAACAAUGGCUGGUAGGGGUCACCCGAGAGUCAGUGGAGAGAAAGGAUCCUGUUGUCUGGAGUCCGAAGGGAGGUAUCUUGGCUGUAGGGAAGUGGGGAGGUGAAUACAGCUCUACCAGCCAUCCUACGUUCACUUGCUUGUCUCCAAGUGAUGACCUCAAAAGAAUCCGAGUGUCUCUGAAUUGUGCAGCUGGGAGGGUUGCUUUCUACAAUGCUGACACAGCAGACCAUCUGUACACCUUCUCUGAAGCCUCAUUUGUGGGAGAGACCUUUCUGCCCCUCUUUGAUGUCUUCAGAAAGGGCCAUGUCAGAAUCUCCCCUUAAGGCAGCUGAGUAAACUGAUGUCCCAUGGUGUUUUCUUCACCCCAAGAAGAUUAAUGUAGAAAUCAAAGAUCGAUUGGUCACAAGACUUUUUUUCUCUCUCUUUGGCUACAAACUCUCAAGAAGGCUUCUGGUCACAGGCUGUAAAAUCACUCAUUCAGAGGGCCACACUUAUUUUUCUCUUGCCACCACUGGUUCUGAAUUGGAAGGUUUUCAAUGAAUAAACUUCUCUUUACACUCCCUCUUUAGCUGAGCUAUGGCCAAGCAGCCAACAGAGUUACUUCCUUACU